GCAUAUUUGGCCCAUUAUGAUUGUGGGUUUGUUCACUACCUAGCUAGUUUAGCAGCGGCGCCCUUCUUUUGCUAAGAAGAGCUUCCCUUCCACUUGAGGGAUCCCCACUUUCUUCUUUGCCACUUGAAGGGCGAACUUUCUUCACAGUCUAAGUGCCUCCUUAGCACGCCAAGAAUUUGAGCCCUGUGGUGAAGUGGAGGUGCAUCAUCCUGUUAUUUGUAGGGGGUGCCAGUCAGCCAAGGCAACUCUCAGCUCUUGCAAAGGCUGUACUAAAAAGGGUCUUGGAGUCGCUUUGCUCUUCUGAGAAAGUAGUCGGCUACGCGAUUGUCUUUGGCAACAUAAUACAGUAGGUACCUCAGAACUUGAGAGUUUUGGAAGUUGAAACAUAUUAUGGGGCAGGACAGCUCCAAAAGCAGCCGCAGCCGGCGCUACUCUGAAGGCGGCGGUAGUGCCUCUGCCUCAGGCACAGGGCGGAAUAUGCAGAGGACGUUCUCCAAGAAAUACAGCAUUAUUCCAGACAGAUACAAGACACUAGAACAGGUGCAGCAGUCACUGAGGGACGCUGGCCUAGAGUCCAGCAAUCUCAUCGUUGGAAUAGAUCUUACCAAGAGCAAUGAAUGGACAGGGAAAGUCUCCUUCCAAGGCCGCAGCUUGCACGCGCUGAGCAACACCCCCAACCCGUAUGAGCAGGCGUCCUCAAUCAUUGGCAGAACGCUUGCGGACUUUGAUGAUGACAACCUCAUACCUUGCUAUGGGUUUGGAGACGGUACGACGCACGAUCAGCGCGUCUUUAGCUUCUUCCCUGACGACAGGCCAUGCAACGGUUUUGAGGAGGCCCUGGCCCGAUACAGGGCGAUCAUACCUCAUGUCAAGCUGGCAGGCCCGACCUCAUUUGCUCCUAUCAUUGACCGUGCGGUCAGCAUCGUUGAAGCGUCGGGGGGACAAUAUCACAUUCUGCUCAUCAUAGCAGACGGGCAGGUGACGCGCAGCGUGGACAUGCCCCCCAACGAGCUGAGCCCCCAGGAGCGCGCCACCGUCAACUCCAUCGUGGAGGCGAGCAACUACCCGCUCAGUAUCGUGCUUGUGGGCGUGGGGGACGGCCCCUGGGACAUGAUGCGCGAGUUCGACGACAAUUUGCCGCAGCGCCGCUUCGACAACUUCCAGUUCGUGGAGUUCAACCGCGUGAUGGCCAAGAGCGUGGAUCCGUUCGUGCGCGAAGCGCAGUUUGCGUUGGCGGCCCUGAUGGAAAUUCCGUCGCAGUACAAGGCUGCGCUGGAGCUCGGGUUGCUCAACCAACGGACGGGCAGAACGCCCCCGGCUCAGGCCCUCCCCCCCCCGCCCGCUGUCCUUCGAGCGGACUCUCAGCAGGGCCCACCGACCCCCCCGGGACUGAGCGGAUUUCCCCCGGUCAAUGCUUACGCGCAAGCAGCCCCGUCGGCGCCUCCAGCGAGGACGCCCCAGGAGGCGGCGGAACAAAAUCUGUGUCCGAUCUGCUUGACCGAGAGCAAGAACAUGGCCUUCCAGUGCGGGCAUCAGACCUGUCGCAACUGCGGCGACACCUUGCAGAAUUGCCCGAUGUGUCGGGAGACCAUCCGGACUAGGAUACGACUCUUCUAAACGUACGAUGAUGGGGGCCUGUAAAUAUGAAUAGGUGGUCAUGCGUUAUACAGUCACACGACGUUGCUGACGUUGCUGCGCGGAUAGCAAUGCUUUUUGGACCGAGCUCGUAAAGAUGAAGUUCGAUAGAUCGAGGUGGUGUAGACAGAGAAAUCAGGUAGCCAAAUCACUACAGGUGACUCCAUCAGGCAAAAUGCUUGUCAGUCACUGCUCGAUAUAUAAAGUGCAAAGUAGAGUCAAGGAUAGGGGUCAAGCUAUGAGAGUUCGUUGGUCAAUCUCAAACAAGUGCUACAGCGUGGGGGGUGAGUGUGAAGCGCACCCAAGCCGUUGAUAUCUCCUUCGUGAGGACUUGGUUGCAACUUCUUCAUGCAGAAAUUGAGAAUUGAGCAACCCGUCCGAGGAUUUCUUUACUAGCUAGACCACAUUGGCUCUGUGUAUACGUUUACUCGAGUCCGACCACUGAAAGGCCGGUAAGUUGUGGGCCAUCAUGUAGCAGUAACGCGAGAGAAGUCAUGGCCCAUGAGAACGGCCGCCUG